AUGAAAAAGGUUGUCAUUACAUUCUUACUUGUUGUUGGUAUCUUAACUUUAAGCCUACAACAUGUAGAUUCAGUAGAUUCAGUUAUUUGCAGUAUACUUUCUGGAUAUUCACACUGUCAUAGUCUUACUUGUUAUACUUCCAACUACUCAAUAUAUGCCUGUGAUUGGGAUCCUCAGGAUCAGUCUGAUUUAAGAUGUAUAUGUCCAAAUGGGUGUGAUCCUGUGGAAACUGGUGUUCCAUGCAAUGAUGUACAAAGUUAUUGGACAUAUUGCAAUGGAUAUACUGGACGUUAA